AGCCAUUUUGUUCGAGGAGCCUGUAGUAACAGCUUCAGCUAAACACUCUUUCUUCGCCCUGCUCCCGGCACCAGAGACGGCGGCCGCCCGAUCAGCAGAGUCCACUGCAUCUAAAAUGCACCGAACUACUCGGAUCAAAAUCACAGAGCUGAAUCCUCAUCUGAUGUGUGCCCUGUGCGGGGGUUAUUUUAUAGACGCCACAACAAUCAUAGAAUGUCUACACUCAUUUUGUAAAACUUGUAUUGUUCGCUACUUGGAGACCAACAAGUAUUGUCCUAUCUGUGAUGUGCAGGUGCACAAAACUCGACCCCUCCUUAGCAUUCGGGCUGACAAAACAUUACAAGAUAUUGUCUAUAAAUUAGUUCCGGGACUUUUCAAAGAUGAGAUGAAGAGGCGGAGGGACUUCUAUGCAGCCCAUCCCUCAGCAGAUGUCACAAAUGGUUCAAAUGAAGACCGUGGGGAAGUUACAGAAGAAGAGAAAAGAAUUAUCACAGAUGAUGAAAUCAUUAGUUUGUCCUUAGAAUUUUAUGAAGGCAACAAAUCAGAAAAGAAAGAGGCCCCACAGACUGAAGAAACAGACAAGGCUAACAGUGUCCGGUAUCUGCGGUGUCCUGCCGCAAUGACAGUAAUGCAUUUGGGAAAAUUUCUCCGGAAUAAAAUGGACAUUCCCAGCAAUUUUCGAAUUGAUGUUAUGUAUGAAGAUGAACCCCUCAAAGAUUACUACACACUCAUGGAUAUAGCUUAUAUUUAUACAUGGAGACGGAAUGGUCCUCUGCCCCUGAAGUACAAGGUGCAACCUGCAUGCAAAAGGUUAAAACUCAGUCAUCCCAGUGAGGAUUUUGCCAACACGAGUAUGAACUCAGAGAGUGACUCUGUGAGUGACAAAGGCAGCCCAACCGCCGUCCCUUCCACAUCCUCUUCAUUGCCAAGCCCCAGCACGCCUGCACUCUCUCCCAAUCCGCAGUACCCUGCCACAGUGGCCUCGGUCAUGAAUGGAAACACAAACUGUCACCAGAUGCUCCCAUCUGUACUCAGAGGCCGCAAAGUGACUGUAAACGGCUCAACAGCCCCCACCUCCUGCUGAAAUCUGGAACGACCAAAUUAAUGUUAAGCAACGAGGAAAAGGAAGCUGCCAGGAUUGAGCUGGCCGCUGUGCCCUUUAUUAAAUGUAAUAUAUAUAUAUAUAUUCUGUUUAGCAAUAUGGUUAUUGUCAGAAACAUUUAUAGCUCCCACACAGCUUCUUAAAUGUUAUUGGCCAAAAUGCACCUCCAGGUUAUGGUCCCAGAUGCUCUGGACGCCAUUGCCUCGACAUGCAGAUAUGAGUACAGUCGACUCCUCUUAAAUGAAACAGAAUUGGCCACAGCCUUUUGCUGAAACAUCAAGUGAUGUGGUGCUCUCCUUUUAAAAAGAAAAUUGCCUUAAAAUCAAUUUCAUUAGUUCAAAGUUGUUAAGAAAGGGAGUGGCUCCCUUUUCAAACUGUGUUGUAACAAGUGAUGCUGUUUCAAUCAAAAUCAUGUGCUUUAAUGGUAUUUGUAUGCGAUUAAAAUUGACCAGAAAUAUGAGGGUUGAGUGUUGGGCGAUACAGCCAGGCAACACUCCUUUAAAUGAUGUAAGGAUGCUUUUUAUUCUCUCACAAGUGACAUUGUACAUAAGGUCGAUAAAAUAUCAGAAAUUGCGUGCCCUGAAAUAUUUAUAGGCAUGUUAUGUCAUUUGGAGAUUUUUCAACUUUAAUGGAAUGCAAAGUGACAACAGAGAUGUUUGUCUCCUCGUUCUAUCUUUACGUUUCUGGAGAAAAUGCAAUCAGUGUUCUUUUUCAUUUGUCUUCAACAUUUAUGGGUUAAUGUUGUCUGUGUGUUGGUAUGUGUUCAUAUGGGGAAAAAGCCUCAGCUGAACUAUAAUUGUGCCAUAGAGUUAGGGAUGGCAUGGAAGCGUAGUGGUUAGCACAAUGCUUUACAGUACAGGCGAACUGCAUUCAAUUCCCAGUGCUGCCUGGUAGGAGUUUGUACAUUCUCCCCGUGAUCACUUGGGUUUCCUCCGGUUGGUUCAGAUUCUUCCCACGGUCCAAAGACAUGCCGGUUGGUAGGUUGAUGGGUCACUGUAAAUUGUCCCGUGAUUAGGCUAGCAUUAAAAAAAUUGGGGGAUUGCUGGGCAGGGUGGCUCAAAGGGCUGGAGGGCCGACUCUGUGCUGUAUCUCAAUUAAAAAAGAAGAGGAGAUUCAGUUACAGGUAAGCUUCACAUGCUUAUUGUGUAUGAAAUAUGUGCAGAAUUAUACAUCUGGUAGCAGCUGAUGAGAUUAGAAUCAUACCUACAGAUACUGUGGUUAUAGAUAGGACUUUUGUUUGAUAAUUCAAUAAGAAUGGUCUCUUACCGCCUUGCAUUCCAAUGCUUUUGUUUUAAACUGAAAACAACAAUCAAAUCUUCAUUGUAAAAUUAAUUGGGCUGAUUCUAAGCAGGCUGGUUUGUCCAUUUAACACAAGUGAUGACUUAAAACAACCUAAUUAACUGGAGCCACAGACACAAAAUGCUGGAGGAACUCAGCAGGUCAGGCAUCAUCUAUGGAGCAGAAUGAAUUGUCAAUGUUUUGGGCUGAGCCCCGUCAGCAGGACCCUCCUCCAUAGAUACUGCCUGACCUCCACCAUUUUGCGUGUGCUCUUUUGGAUCUCCAGCAUCUUCAGAAUCUUCAGCCCUACACUUUUGUUUGUGUUCUCACUUAACAGGAGUCGACUGUACAACUUAGCAUUUCAAUGCUAACAUUUUUCGCGCGCGCGCGCGUGUAUGUGUGUGUGUGUGAGUGUGUGUGUUCGCGUGCGUGUGCAUCAGCGAGUGUGUAUGAAAUGAAAAUUCUUUCCCUCUAGCGAUUUGCUACCGACAGAACAGCACAAACGAACUGAGUUCAGAAUGGAAUAUUGUUUCAAAAUUUAUUUUAUGUUUUGAUAAACUUAUUAAAUCAUUUUAGAAUUGUAUUUACUUUAAUUAUAAACAUCUUCCCAUGUUUCAGAAUAACUUUUUGAUUGUAGAAUGGGAAAUGUGACAGCCAUCCCGUUAAAAUAAUGACAAUAUCCAUAUAUUUUCUAAAGCAAAAAGAAAACCUUAUUGAAUAAAGUUUUGAAAGGAAUGGAGAUGGGUAACUUAAAAUCGCCUCAUUUAGAG